ACUGUUUGGUCGACCAGCAAGAUCCGCAAGGAUGCAGCGGAGGUCACUGCAUGUAUCGGCUCCCCUCCAUGGUGGGAGGAUUUGAGAGCUCUGUGCAAGAUGCUAGAGCCCAUCAUGGGCAUGCUGAAGUUGGUGGACAGCGACACACGCCAGAUCAGCAAGAUCUGCGACGUUACGAGGAAAUGAUUGCAUCUUGUUUAUCCGCAUGUCGUGACAUUGGUCGGGAGCAGCAGGACGCUAUUGUGGAGGUGUUCCACAGGCGGCGCACCAUGUUCAAGACCCCCGCCCACACGGCAGCCAUGCUGCUAGAUCCAGAGUUCCGGGGCGCGACGCUUUGUGACGAUGCAGAGGUGCAGCAGGCCUUGGUCGAGGCCCUUGUCCAGUUCGGCUACCCGGAGGAUUCGCCGCAGCACCGGGAGGUCCAACGAGUGGUCGCCAAGCUCCACACGAGGAAGCCCCCUUUCGAUGAGCUCACCAUGCGGCGAGCUGCGGAUAUCUUUGAUCACCCUGCCAGUUUUUGGUCCUCAAAGAAGGCGAAGUUCCCUCACACGGCCGUGUUUGCAGGCAGGAUCCUUCGUAUAUGGGCGACCGCCUCACCGUGCGAGAGAGCGUGGUCUCGUUGGAGCUUCAUUCAUUCGAAGUCUCGCAACAGGUUGGAGGUUCCCCGGGCUGAGAAGCUUGUGCGGUGCCACUGGAACCUCAGGCUACUCGAUCGGCCUUCGUUGUGCGACGAUGGUGUUGGAGAGAGGCCCGGCGUCUUCGGGAAAUGGGUGCAUUAUUGGCAGGCCGUGGAGGACGAGGCAGCCGUGGACCAGCAGCUCGUCAGAGGCACCGGUGUUCUGGCGAAGGUGACCGAGGAGGAGUUGAGCCUCGCCAGAGAGAGGAUGCGCGUCAUUUUCCGCAUGGGAGCCGAGCGUCGGGUGGCGGAGUCGGACAGGAGGCGACGCAGGGCUGGUGGUCGGGGACAUGGCGGUCGUGGACGAGCAGGUGUGGGAGGACGUACACGUGGCGAUCCGGGUUCCGCUCCUCGGACUUGCCGACAGCGGACGGAUGGUGGCAUUCGCAGGGCCCGCAUGCGUUGGGACGAGGGUGACUUUUUGUUCGACAGCACAUCCAGCGACGACGACGAUUUCUUUGCGUCGGGAACACAUGCAUCCACGGGUGAUGAUAGAGCUAACACUCCGAACGGAAGGCAGCACAAGGGCGUGAGGUUGGUAUCGGAGCCGACACGUGUCGGUUCUGAUGAUAGAUUCGCCCCUCAGUUUCCCCAUCUAGCUAAUCCGGCAGGAAAGAUCGAGUGUUUCAACUGCAAACAGCCCGGGCAUUUCGCCCGAGACUGUCCGCAGUCGAAACGUAAUCAGCCUCCCCCCGCUGCGGCCCCCGUCGCCCUUAAUCAAGGACGAGUGGCCGCUCUGAUGGACACAGAUCCGGGAAGAGAACUCGUGGCAUACGCCCCGGAGCAGCCUUCCCCUUCGACGACAAUGGCGUCGACAUCAGGAGCUUCUUCCUCUGACGCGGCUGACGUGGUCGAUCCCCUCGAGUAUCUCCAUCUUGCCGAAAUGAUCGAAGCGAUCCGAUCGGCCCAAGAUGAUCUCGAAUGGGUCGAUCGCGAGUCCAAUCCUGGACCACAGUUCCGGACAGGGGAUAUUGAUGUACUGAAAAUGCUCAAGCAAUUAGAUAUUCGCGUUUCUAUCCCAGUAGGACAUCUGCUUACCAUAUCUGAAGCAGCGAACGAUAAACUUUUACAACACUGCCAGAAAAAUCAAAAGCGCUUCACCUAUCAGCGCAUACAACGAAUGAUGAAGAAGGAGGAAGGUGAGGAAGUUGCGCCUCCUAAGCCAGACUCAAAAGAACCUGAACCCGAAGCCGCACGUAUAGCAGCAAUCUCGUUAGUAGAAAAGGAUCACCUCACACGAUCUCGGCCGGUCCUAUGGAAAAGUGCGGAAUGUGACUGUGAAGUGGGGGGCAAACCGUUUAAUGCCCUUAUCGACAUAGGGUCUUCUGUCGUGGCCAUAUCAUUGGAUACUGUUAACAAGACGGGACGACUUGGAUCCAUUCUUCCUCAAUUUGGCAAAGACAACUAUGUCUCUGCCGACGAGGAAGCAAUGAACAUCGUAGGUAUUAUCGAGAACGUAGCCGGACGAGUACACGUCCUUGUUAACGCGCUCGUAAUAGAUGUACGUUCCUAUUCUGUGUUGUUGGGAUUACCCUGGGCGAUGGCGGUGGCCGCACGUCUGCAUUUCGAUUCGAAACAAUUAGUGCUUACACAAACCGGGGGAAAACCUCAGACUGUUCCUUUGCGGGUUUCCACCCGAACGAUAAAACGGGUCCCUAACUCAUCUCCCAUCGGGAUGAUUCGAUACAUUGAUCCCGAGGAGUGCCCCCUCUCGAACCUCGGGGAUGGAAUCAGGGAGCGAGAAUACGAAGAAGGGAUUCCCAGUGAAGAGGAAUGAAAACAUCUGGUUGAACUUUUCGAACAUGAAACCCUUGAAGAAUUUCGAGUGUGCGCCGACACCGCUCGGAGCUUCCACG